GGAUAUGAAUCACUUGCUAAGUUUGCGUGUCCUCUUGUAACGGGAGGCUUUGCGGCUCAUUCGGUCGGUAUAACGUUUGUCGGUGUCGGUAGUGGCGGACUGGCUCGUCGCCGUUCCGGCGGAGGGAGUGAGUAAAUGAAAGCGUUGUUUGGAGCUGUUGGACAAAGAGCUUUUCUUCCCUCUGACGUUACCAUUGUUGCCGAGCGGAGCGCCUGUUUUCUAACUCCCUCAGAGGGACUUUCGGACUGUAAAAGUGAGCUGGCUAUAUCAUCUUGUCUCCGCCCAUAAUCAGGUGAGGGGCAGCCUGUGCUCCAGUCAUGACCUCUGGGAAUGGGAACACUAACAGCAGCCAACAUAAUGGAGAGAGCAAACCAGCCCAGGCCCUAGUCAAGUCCCACAUCCUCACCCAUCUGAUAGAAGGCUUUGUUAUUCAGGAGGGUGCUGAGCCUUUCCCUGUGGAACGUCCGUCUUUCUCAAUUGAGAGCCUAAGGAGACACACGUCAGACUCUAAGAUGGACGGCCUCUCACCAAAGGAGUUUAAGGCCCAGCAGGAGCCCAUGCUGACCUGUGAGCUGUGUGGCAGGAUGGAUUUUGCCUACGUCUUCAAAAGGUCCAAGAGGUUCUGUUCUACAGUGUGCGCCAAACGCUACAAUGUGGGAUGCACAAAGAGAAUGGGUCUCUUUCCAAACCGCAAAACCACCCUGGAGAACAUGAAGAAACAGAGAGCACUGAAUGAAAACCACAAAAACUGCAGUUUAGAGUCUAAAAAGAAGAAGCCCUCUGCCUCUGCUGCUGCUGCUGCUGCUGCUGCUGCGUCUCUGUCCACUGGUCAGUCACUUCACCCUGCACAGGGGGAGUCCAGCCAAUGUUCAGACUUGUCUGGCUACAAAAGACCUCCAUCCCCCCCGUCGGCCAUGCAGCCCCACACCUUCCUGCCCAGUGACCCCGGCCAGUGGAAGAUAGAGGACGUCUACGAGUUCAUCUCCUCUCUGCCAGGGUGUCUGGAGAUCGCUGAGGAGUUCCGUUCUCAGGAGAUCGAUGGACAGGCCCUGCUGCUGCUCAAGGAGGACCAUCUCAUGGGAACCAUGAACAUCAAACUUGGCCCUGCGCUCAAGAUCUUUGCCCAAAUAAGCACGCUCAAAGACUCGUAGCCCACCCCACCCUCCACAGACUGCUGUCAGAGGAGGCUCGGCUGUGAUGGACACACACCAUGUGCUCAGGAUCCCACAUGGUGACCAACAUGUGAGUUGAGUUCAGGUUCUGAGCCAGAAUAGUUUGCUGGACUUUUUUUCCUGUUGAAGACGAGGACAUCAGCUGGAACUGUCCCACUCACCUUUUACACUGGUAACUUUACUCUGGCACUGCUUUAGGAAAACUGCAGCCCAUAGUUUGACCAGACUGUCCUGUUAGGUAGGCUGUGUUGGGAAAAGUGUUUCUUUGAGAACAUGUUGUUUUCAUAAUUUAUGACUGUUGGGUUCCUGCAGGGGAGCUUGAAGGUUAGCUGUUGAUUUGUUGUAGCGUUUCUCACAGGAGGAUGACUGUGGAGUGUGCUUGCUGUUUCAAAUAACAAACCUGCUUGAUUACAGGAUCAAAGCCAUGAGCAUCCUGUGCAGACCUAAAGUCAGUUCAUACUACCUACAUAUGAAGGCCCUGCAAAAGACUGAAUCAGUCCUAAAACCCAGAAAUGGGUUAGCAUUUCAGCACCUCC